AUGGUGCGAGACCUAAACUUACAGGGCCGUCGACGUCAUCGGGAUAUGAAUAGUAAUGCGAUGCCGAAAGACGGGUUGGGUAAAAAGUUGGUAGAGAUUCGAGCCAAGUGCUUCAAUGUCACCUCGGCUGUGCAGAAGCAUACAAAUCGAUGUCCAUGGUGCCCUGAUCCAUCCGAUGUGACCAUCGUUGAACAAAGGAUGCCAGAAGAACCCUCUGCCUUUUUGACUUCAAUCCUAAUGCAGCUGAGUCAAGAUCUUGUGCCUGCAACCAUGUUGUUACUGGCUACCAUUGCCAUACUGGCCUCCUUAGGCUUCGCUUUCGUGCUGCUUGCAAUUUUGAGGCAGAAGAGGAGUAUUCGCCAAGUUGCUGUUAAACCUCGCCAUCAGCCAUCUAGUUACUUGUGA